UAAAUUUCAAAUGCUAACAAUUCUCUUGCUUGGCAGUUAGCUAUCUUCAAGUUUGUUUAAGUUUUUAAAAUAAAGAUAUAGCUAUUCUAAUUGAGUAAAUGCAAAUUGAUUUUGUGGAGCAGAAUACUCGCUCAAAAUAUGUCCACGUCCAGUAAAUUGCCGAAACCGUCAGGCUUAAAAGUGCCACAAAUUCGAGUGCCAAUAAUCAGAGCCCAGGACACAAAUUCAAUACUUAGUUUUCAUGGUAAACCUGCGGCAUUACAUCGACGUUCUAAGUCUGUUACUGAUUUGACUAGUGUCGGAGCUAGAGAGAAACUGUUGGAUUUUAAAUUACCAGCAAGGGCUCCACCAACAAAGGUUAAUGGUGUUAAGGAGCUUAAGGCCCCACCUCGGCCUCCACUAAGUACAUUCCCUUCUAAUUUUAAACAGCAGUCUGUAGGUAUGAGACGUCGUUCAAAAUCGGUUACUGACCUUAGUAGUCUCAGUCGAAGUAGACCAAUUGAUCUUAAAAUGUUGCCUGAGGUAUUGCAAAAAGUCCCCCAGACUGAAAUAAAAAAGCAAGCACCCUCAAAGGCUGUAAAGAAACAGGCAGUUCCUCUGAAAGCAAAGGUUGAAGUUACAAAAAAAACUGCUUCCAAAAGACCUUUACAGGAGAAUAUUGAGGAUGGAGCAACAAAGCCGAAGGUUUACAAGAAACUUCCUGAAUGGGACUAUAAAGGGAGGUUUUCUCAAUUGACAGAGAAAUAUAAAAUUCUAGAAGAACAAACCAGUAACUUAAAGAAAAAAUCUGAAACUGCAAUAUCAGAAUACACCAAAAUUGAAGAAGAAGUCAUAGAUUUGCGCCAAAACCGGAAGAUUUUAGAAAAACGUUGCCUAAAGUUUGACGAAAUAUCAGAGGAGCUUACAAAAUUAAAACCCUUGUAUGAAAGUUUAGUUGAGGAACAUAAAAAAGCUGUUGAGGAACUUAGCAGUUUGAUAGUUGAAAAUGAAAAAAAUGCUUCAGAAGCCAAAAGAAUUAAUGGACUUUAUAAUAAUUUACAACAGGCUCAUGAGAAGAUCACAGAGCAAUAUCAAGAUGUUACAGCUAAAUAUGAAAAGCUCAGCAAAAUAUCUGCUAAAGCACUUGACAAGGUAGAAAACUUAACGAAAACUCUAGAAGAAAGGGAUGAGGAGAUUGUAAAUCUUAAAAACCAAGUCGAAACGUUGGAAAGUUCAGUAUUUGACCUGGAAACCAAACGACGUAUGAUGCACAAUGUAAUUCAGGACCUAAAGGGUAAUAUAAGAGUAUUUUGCCGUGUACGUCCACCUCUAUCCUCUGAACAAGACAAAAUGGAAUGCUAUAUAGCGUAUGUAGACGAAAAUGGUUUAGAAUUACGAAAAAGUCAUGAGAGCAUCAGUCAAAUAACGGGAAAAGCACAAGAAACUCGUUCCGAGUUCACUUUUGAUAAAGUAUUCUCGCAUCAGAGCAAGCAGGAAGAGGUUUUUGAAGAUCUAGCCCAGUUGGUGCAGUCAGCAUUGGAUGGAUAUGACGUAUGUGUGUUUGCUUAUGGUCAAACUGGUUCAGGAAAAACAUACACUAUGCAAGGGGAAGAGGGUGUUGCCUCUGGAAUGAUUCCUAGGACAGUAAGGUUGAUUUUUAAGACAAUUUCUAGGUUGGAAAAAGAAGGAUGGAAAUAUGAAGUGCAUGCAAGUUUUUUGGAAAUCUACAACGAAAACGUGCGAGAUUUACUAAACGUAAACAGUAACCAAAAAAUGGAAAUCUAUUUCAACGAAGGCAAAGGUACAACAGUAACGAAUCUGACAAUACAAGCGAUAAGUACCGCAAAUGAGUUGGAACAGUAUAUUAGAAUUGCUCAAACUAAUCGGGCUACCGCGGCCACUAAUUUUAAUGAGCACAGCAGUCGGUCACAUUCAGUCACAAAAAUUUAUUUACAGGGUACAUUCAAAGACCAAAAUAUCGUUUAUAAGGGGUCUAUAAAUCUGGUUGAUCUGGCCGGGUCGGAAAAUGCUAAACAGUCUGUCGGAGAGCGAUUAAUCGAAACGAAAAAUAUAAACAAGAGUCUGUCAACUUUGGGGAAUGUCAUUAGUGCUUUGCAUAACAAGUCGAAACAUGUUCCUUAUAGAGAUUCAAAACUGACCUACCUGUUGCAAUCAUCACUUGGAGGCAGUUCAAAAACAUUAAUGAUUGUAAAUAUCGCGCCUUUGGAAGAAUGCUUUCUUGAGAGCAUUAAUUCUUUAAGAUUUGCCUCCAAAGUGAAGGAAGUGAAGACUGCCAGUAAACGGAAUAAGAUGAUCAUUUAAGCAUAAUUAAUAUAUAUGGAAUUUAUUGUAUAUAAAUUAUUUUAGAGAAAAAGUUUACCAUACCUGUUAAUUUAUGAAUUCAAUUUUAUAUCUUGUCAGAAUUAAAUUGAAAUCUUACUUACCACCUCAAGAUUUUAUUAUUGUGAAUUUCUAAGAACAAAAUUCAAAAUCUUAAAUUAAAAAAAAAUAUUCAAUUGGCGAUUUGUACACACUUUAAAGCCAAAAGCAAUCGGUUAUAAGAAAUGUUAGUAAAUUAAGAUUUUGUCAAUAUUAUAUUUUAUUAUAUUACUUUUUCACA